UGAUUUCUUUGAUAUGGUAACAGAGUGAAACUGUAUGGGAAUGGGGUGUCUCCAAGGAUACUAAAUUGCAGGAUGAAGAUGGGAAGGUCUAUGAAAAACAUGCCAAAGACAGAUUGUACAUAGUCUCCACCGAUUAACUAUAUCACUUGCUCUGUUACUAUUAUGUUUCGUAUUUACAUGCUCCCGUUUAGUAUACUUAGCACCUUCAGAUUCCACAGGUCAGGCCGCACCUUGAGUGGUCCCAACCCCUACUAACCAGCGCUGACUCCCCAAAAUGAGUUCAAAACAGAAGGGAUGGGAACAAGGUAGAGAGAAGUGUAGCGAAGAAGAAAUGCUAAAAUUCUUGUCAAAAGAGAAAAUCAAGUUCAAUGCUUCGGAUCCAAGAACGGCGGCGUGUAUGGAGUUCUUAGCCCAAUGCAACGCCCGCAAAGCUAAAGACUCAAACCCAGCUUGCGAAGUCCAGGUGAAGAGACGCAUCAACGACCAUCCGCAGAUCACCAUCAGGUUCGUGAAUGGGGUUGAGGAGAAAUUCGACGCCACCACCACGGCGGCCCAGACCAUCCGCAACAUGAUCCUAGAGAACGGUCAGUAUCUUGAGACGGAGCAGAUGUUCCGGGAGGCUGGUGAGCAAUGGCCUGUUCAUAUACCUGAUGAAGAGCUCCUUCAACCAUUUCUGGGAAUUAAGCCAAAGAAAGCAUAAGAGAAGAAGCAGUAACACUACAGCUGCUGCUAGCAGCUGCCAGAGUUGAGCCUAAGAACAAGCCGGGCCCGGUAUAUCUUAAUCUUGAAUCUGUAUCGGUGCAUUCUUGUAAUACUAAAAUUUGAAUAUUUGGUACUGAUUUUCUGGAUAACUAUUUCGUCUUGCUUGAUCACUUUGCAUUCCCAUUUCCCUCCAUAAUUUAUGUUACAAAACUUUUGCCAAUAUAUGAGGAAAAGCAGUUCUGUCAUCUAUGCGUGAAUCUGGGCGACUGUCCGACUUUGUUGAACGGCUGAAUACGCUACAUCACUGAUCACUCUUUAUAUAACGCUAAUUACAACAUUUGUAAAGCUUUGUUCAUGUUGUAAUGAAAUG